GUUUGAUUACCUUGUCCAAUUAGAAUUCUGUUUUAUUAAUUUCGAUAUAUAUAAGCACAUUGUCACCCGUCAGCCGUCAGUUCUAAACUUCUCCGUCGGAUCACCACGCCGCGGGCGCCGGAAACCCGCUUCUCGUUUCCAGUAUGUCUCAAUCAACCAAAAACCCAGUGCUCAGCGUUCGGACGAACAAUGGUGUCAUGCCUCAUCCUGUCGAAUGCCGGAAGAAGCGUCGACUGCUUGAGCUAGGGAUUGAUUCUUUUCUUCUGUGUUAUUUAUGUACCCAGUUGUCGAGGAGAAGAGGGUCACAAUUUCAAACAAGCACGGCGAGAAGCUGGUAGGAGUCCUGCAUGAUUCUGGGUCCAAGGAAAUCGUUGCUGUGUGCCAUGGCUUUCAAUCCACAAAGGACAACACAAACAUGAAGAAACUUGCUAGAGCAUUGGCGGAGGAAGGAAUCUCAGCCUUUCGAUUCGACUUUGCUGGUAAUGGGGACAGUGAAGGUACAUUUGGUUAUGGUAACUAUUGGAGAGAAGCUGAUGAUCUCCACUCUGUGGUCGAAUACUUUGCUGGAAAGAACCGAGUUGUUAGUGUGAUUCUCGGCCAUAGUAAAGGAGGGAACGUGGUGCUCCUUUAUGCUUCAAAAUUUCAUGAUAUAAAGACCGUUGUCAAUAUCUCUGGCCGCUAUACCCCGAAGAAUGGCAUCAAGGAGCGCCUUGGAGAUGACUUUCUGGAAAGAAUCAAGAAAGAAGGUUUCAUUGAUGUGAAGGAUAAAAAAGGGGAAGUCUUGUACCGCGUUACUGAAGAGUCUUUGAUGGAUAGAAUCAACACAGACAUGCAUAAAGCAUGCCAGCAAAUUGACCAAGAUUGCAGUGUGCUCACCAUCCAUGGAUCUGCCGACACGAUUGUCCCUGCUGGAGAUGCAUCAGAGUUCGCAAAGGUCAUACCGAACCACAAGCUACACAUCAUCGAAGGUGCUGAUCAUGGAUACCGUUCUCAUCAAACUGAGCUAGCAUCUACUGUUUUGGAAUUCGUAAAAUCAAGACUGCAGCAGCAUGACAAGAGCUAUACUACCUAGACAACUUUGUGGAAUUCCAGCAGUUGUAGUUUGCUGCUGUUAUUCUCAUUAACAUCAUAACAGUAGCGCUAUAGUUGAUAUUAGAUUGAUUUCUUUUUGGAGGGGAUGCAUGAAAUGCUGCUCUAAUGUAUUAGUCACUGCUGUGCUGAGACUUUCUGGUGCUGUCACAAUUGGGAGCUUGACCAUUGAACUUGUUUAGAGUUUAGACCCAUGUAUUUAAAAAUUUAACUAGUAUUAUGAGCUCUUAUGUUAAGGCAUUUCGAUAGGUAGACUUCCUAUCUAAAAGAAAGCCCCUCAAAAUUAAGGUUAAUAA